UAGUAAUUUUCUACGAUCGUUUGUUAUCUCCGACAAAUUUACAACACCAGUAGCAGUGAGCGAAACAUCAGAGAGCUCGUGUUUACAUAGAUGGAAUACAAGAAGGUGAUCUCAAUGAAGUAUGCCUAAACUUGCACGAUUUUACAUUAAUUUUGGGAAUCCGGUUGCCAUUUAUUACGCAGGACAAAAUGUCCAAGGAUACCUUAACGUUGAAGUUGACAAACCGUUAAAUCUGCAAUGUAUCAGAGUGUAUGUGAAAGGUGAAGCAUUUGUCCACUGGACUGAUCAGCGCAUGCGUGGACCGGCUCCUUUGCGAACCCCUGGAACACGUCAUCAUUCGGCCCACGAAGAAUACUUUGACUUCACAACUACAAUCCUUGGGAACAAUGAAAACGAUGCUCCAAAGUUAACUUUACUGCGAGGGAACUACUGUUAUCCAUUUCAGUUCCAGCUCCCUCAAAAUCUUCCAUCUUCAUUUGAGGGGGAAUAUGGUCACGUAAGAUACACCAUUAAAGGGACCAUUGAAAAACCAAAGAGAUUUUCCCACGUGACUAAAACUGCCUUUUCUGUGAUUGGUCCACUGGAUUUGAACACCUUUCCACAAAUAGACUCUCCGACUGGCAUGACGCUUACGAAAAAUUUGUGUUGUUUGUGUUGUACGUCUGGUCCCAUAAGCGCUUUUCUAUCGCUUCCAAGAAGGGGAUUUGUUCCAGGAGACAUUAUUCCUGUGACGAUUGAAAUCGAAAAUCUGUCAAGUCGGAAAAUAGCAAGUUCGUCCAUAACACUUACAAUGACCACAAAUUUCCACAGCUCUGAUGAGUCUCGAACAGUGAGCACACAGAUCGAUAAAAUCAUUCAUGGUUCUGUACCCCGGGGCACUACAAGCACGUGGGCAGACCAGGGGAUCCCCCUUCCAGCUCUCCCUCCUAGUUUCCUGUUUGGGUGUAACAUUAUAGAUAUACAGUACAAACUAGAGUUACGAGUAGAUGCUGUUGGACCGUCUUUCGAGAUGUAUGUACCUCUAGAAAUUAUUGUUGGAACCGUGCCAUUACGUUCUACCAUGAGACCAAUCCCACAUUCGCCUCGACAUGACUCAAGGUCACGGGGUCAACGAUCCACGUCAUCGCAUGCUUCUUCGGAGCAGUAUGCAGUAUCAUUGACCUAUAUGGAGUCCCGGCUGGGAGGGGUCUGUAUAAAGGAAGAAGAUGACCCUGAAGACAUGAAGGGGGAUCACCACUUCUCUCCCGUCUAUCCAUAUUACAUAUGGACUGACUGAAGCAGAUUGAAGAAGAUACACGUCCGCUUUACAUUUGAUAUCUUGUCAUAGUGCUACACUGUGUUGUAUGACGGAAGACCGAAGUGCUACAUACUAUAUACCUUAAUCCUAUACUGGUGACAAGGGAAGAGUAAAAACCAGGAGUGAUUAUUCUAUUCCAUUCUUCUUUUUCGUCUCAAAUAAGAUGCGAUGUCUUUUUCUAACAGAUGAUACUGUAUAUAUAUGAGAGAAGAAUAGGGUAUUUGCUUUGCUGUAUUAUCAAUACUCAGUCGACAUUUCACUCAUCUCAUCCCUCGAAAAGGGGUAUAUAUAUAUUUUUUCAUUUACUCAUUGUAAGAGAAUAAAGGUGUACAAAUCUCAAAAA